UCAUUUUUUCCUCUUUUUACUUCACUACUAGCGAAGCUGCACGGAGGAAACGAGGAGCCAGAAGGAGCAGCGAAAUAAGCCUGGAAAUUAUCUCGCACAUUUAAAAAAGGAAAGAAGAGUCCCCCGCCUGUCAUUUCAUGCUCCUCUAGUUUAUUCCCUCACAGAGUGUUGGAGAUAUAAUGGAAACUGAAUGAUGAGGAGUUUGAGGCUGGACGGCAGCUGACGGACUGAACCAUGGCUCAGUUUCCCACGCCCUUCGGAGGGGGGUCGGAUACAUGGGUAAUAUCUGUGGACGAGAGAGCCAAACAUGACCAGCAGUUUCACAGUUUGACCCCCACACCUGCUGGCUUCAUCACAGGUGACCAGGCAAGGAAUUUCUUUCUGCAGUCAGGUUUACCUGCCCCCAUCCUGGCCCAGAUAUGGGCUCUGGCCGACAUGAACAACGAUGGGAAGAUGGACAUGCUUGAAUUUUCCAUCGCAAUGAAGCUGAUUAAAUUGAAGCUGCAGGGUCACCCCCUCCCUCCUUCAUUGCCCCCCUCCAUGAAGCAGCAGCCGCUCUCCAUACCACCGCAGCCUCCAUUUGGGAUGCCCAGUAUGGGUGCAAUUCCAGGCCUGUCAGCAGUGCCGCCCAUGCCCCUGCCCCCUCUGCCUCCAGGAGUGCCUGGUGUAGGUGUGUCUCCUCCAUUGGUAGCAUCGGUGACACCACCCGUUCCAUCCCUCGCCAACGGAGCACCCGCUAUGAUACAACCCAUUAGUGGAUUCUCGCAUCCAGCUGCCGCACUCAACAAAACCGCUUCGUUCAAUCGUUCCAGUAUCAAGCUACAGAAGGGCCAGUCUGUAGAGGCACCCAGUGCUCCAGCAGCUCCUCCGCCCACUGACUGGGCUGUGCCUCAGUCCUCUCGGCUCAAGUACCGCCAACUCUUCAACAGCCAUGACAAAAUGAUGAGUGGCUAUCUCACAGGUCCACAAGCCAGAACUAUUCUAAUGCAGUCCAGUCUACCACAGGCUCAGCUGGCCACCAUCUGGAAUCUGUCAGAUAUAGAUCAGGAUGGGAAGUUGACUGCAGAAGAGUUUAUUCUAGCCAUGCACUUGAUUGAUAUGGCCAUGUCUGGUCUGCCCCUUCCCCCUUUACUGCCCCCUGACCUCAUACCUCCGACAUUCAGGAGAUUGCGUUCUGGAAGUGGUGUGUCUGUGACCAGUAUACACUCGACAGACCUACGGUCCCAGGAUGAGCCCGAGGAGGAGGAGAAAGAGACAGAGAAAAAACUUCCAGUCACAUUCGAGGAUAAGAAACGAGAGAACUUUGAGCGUGGGAACCUGGAGCUGGAGAAACGUCGGCAGGCAUUGCUGGACCUGCAAAGGAAAGAGCAGGAGCGACUGGCAGCAUUGGAGAAAGAGGAGCAAGAAAGGAAGGAAAGAGAACGACUGGAGCAGGAGAGACGCAGACAGCAGGAGCUGGACAAACAACUGGAGAGACAGAGAGAGCUGGAGCGACAGAGGGAGGAGGAGAGACGCAAGGAGAUUGAGAGAAGAGAGGCUGCUAAGCGAGAGCUGGAGCGUCAGCGACAGCUAGAGUGGGAGAGAACGCGCAGACAGGAGCUGCUCACCCAGAGAAACCGAGAACAGGAGAACAUCGUCCUGCUCAAAGCACGCAAGAAAACACUUGAGUUUGAACUGGAGGCUCUGAAUGAUAAGAAGUCUCAGUUGGAUGGUAAACUGCAGGACAUUCGUUUCCGUCUCUCGGCUCAGAGGCACGAGAUCGAGAGCACCAAUAAGACUCGAGAGCUCCGCAUUGCAGAGAUCACCAGCCUGCAACAGCAGCUACAGGAGUCUCAGCAGUGGUUGAGUCGAUUGAUUCCUGAUAAACAGUGUCUGAAUGACCAGCUGAAGCAGGUUCAGCAGAACAGUCUGCACAGAGACUCUCUGUCCAGUCUUCAGAGGGCCAUUGAAAUGAAGGAAUCCACCAAACAGCAGCUGAGAGAACAGCUGGACGCUGUGGAGAAGGAGACACGUUCCAAACUAUUGGAGAUAGACGCCUUCAACACACAGCUGAAGGAGCUGAGAGAAAUCCACAACAAGCAACAGAGGCAGAAACAAAAGGAGCUGGAGGCUGACAUCACCCAGCCGUCACAAGAAAGGAAGUCCACAGAAUUAAAAGAGUCUAGGUUGUCGGGGGCAGAUGAGGGUGUCUCUCCAGCAUGGAGAGACGACGGGCUGGGUAAAGCUCCCACUCCUCCUAUGCCUCAGGCCUGGAUGAGCCGAGUGAAUGAAGAGGAGAACCACAGCAGAGCCGAAAUACAGGAUAACCUCUCCAAACUCUUCACGCAGCAUCCGCAACCGGGAAAGCUACAGGCUCAGUCCCCCUGGUCUAUGGCAGAUAAGAUCCCAGUGUCUGGUUUUAAUCAGGAGAAGGUAAAGGUGGUCUACUAUAGAGCACUGUAUCCCUUUGAAGCCCGCAGCCACGAUGAGAUCACCAUCCAUCCUGGAGACAUAGUGAUGGUGAAGGGAGAGUGGGUGGAUGAGUCUCAGACAGGUGAACCUGGAUGGUUAGGAGGAGAGAUUAAAGGGAAAACCGGCUGGUUUCCUGCCAAUUAUGCAGAGAAGAUUCCAGAAUCUGAAGUUCCUCUUAGUUUGAGGGCUAGCACUUCUUCUAGUUCCACCCCUAAAUUGGGUUCCCAUGUGUCAUCCGCUUCUUCAUCGACCACAGCCACACCCAUACAGCCAGUCUCCACAGAGCCUGCAUCAAUAGCCCCGCCCACCUCAGCCCCUGCCCCUCCAUGUCCCACCACUUCUUCUUCCUCAACAUCCAGUAACUGGGCAGAUUUCAGCACUACAUGGCCAUCUAAUUCUACAGUGGAGAAGCAGGACAGCGAUGGUUGGGAUGCAUGGCCGACACAGCCCACUCAGCCGUCCCUGUCAGUGCCCAGUGGGGGGCAGAUCAGACAGCGUUCUGCUUUCACCCCUGCCACGCUGUCCGGUUCCUCACCUUCACCUGUGCUCGGCCAGGGUGAGAAGGUGGAGGGUCUGCAGGCACAGGCUUUGUACCCAUGGAGAGCCAAGAAAGACAAUCACCUAAACUUUAACAAAAAUGACGUGAUCACCGUACUGGAGCAGCAGGAUAUGUGGUGGUUUGGAGAGGUGCAGGGGCAGAGAGGAUGGUUCCCAAAAUCUUACGUCAAACUAAUCUCUGGGCCCGUCCGGAAAUCUAUGAGUAUUGAGUCUGGCUCUUCAGACAGCCCUCCUAGUGUUAAGAGACCCAGUCCCUCUCCAAACAAACCCACGGAUCUUGGAGAAGAGUAUGUGGCCAUGUAUACAUAUGAAAGCAGUGAGCAGGGUGACUUGACCUUCCAGCAAGGUGAUGUCAUCACGGUCACAAAGAAAGAAGGAGAUUGGUGGACUGGCACUGUGGGCGGAAAGACCGGGGUCUUCCCAUCAAAUUAUGUCAAACCUAAAGAAUCAGAGGGAUUGGGAUCUGCCGGGAAAGCAGGAAGUUUAGGGAAGAAACCAGAGAUUGCUCAGGUGAUCGCCCCUUACACAGCCACCGGGGCGGAGCAGCUCACCCUAGCACCAGGCCAGCUCAUUCUCAUUCGCAAGAAAAACCCAGGAGGAUGGUGGGAAGGAGAACUUCAGGCGAGAGGAAAAAAGCGUCAGAUUGGGUGGUUUCCAGCUAAUUAUGUAAAAUUAUUGAGCCCCAGCACCAGUAAGACCACACCCACAGAGCCCAACCCACCCAAGCUACCAACACCCAAUGCAGUGUGCCAAGUGAUUGGCAUGUAUGACUACAUAGCUCAGAACGAUGACGAGCUGCCUUUCGGGAAGGGCCAGAUCAUCAAUGUUUUGAGCAGAGAGGAUCCUGAUUGGUGGAAAGGAGAGCUGAAUGGUUCUGUUGGCCUUUUCCCUUCAAACUACGUCAAGCUGACCACCGACACAGACCCCAGCCAACAAUGGUGUGCCGACCUCCACCUGCUUGACAUGCUGACGCCAGUGGAACGGAAGAGGCAGGGAUACAUACAUGAACUUAUUGUUACAGAGGAGAACUAUGUCAAUGACCUGCAGCUAGUUACUGAGACCUUCCAGAAGCCUCUGCUAGACUCGGAAUUGUUGACGGAGAAGGAGGUGGCCAUGAUCUUUGUCAACUGGAAAGAGCUGAUCAUGUGCAACAUUAAACUGCUCAAGGCGUUGCGGGUGAGGAAGAAGAUGUCAGGUGAGCGCAUGCCGGUGAAGAUGAUUGGUGACAUCCUGACUGCUCAGCUUGUUCACAUGCAGCCAUACAUCCGCUUCUGUAGCUGCCAGCUCAACGGCGCCACCCUCAUUCAGCAGAAGACAGACGAGGUGCCCGAAUUCAAAGAGUUUGUUAAGAGGUUGGCGAUGGACCCUCGCUGUAAGGGAAUGCCUCUGUCAAGUUUCCUUCUUAAACCCAUGCAGAGAGUCACCCGAUACCCGCUCAUCAUCAAAAACAUUAUAGAGAACACUCCAGAAAGCCACCCGGACCACAGUCACCUGCGGCUGGCUCUGGAGAAGGCUGAAGAGCUAUGCUCACAGGUCAACGAAGGCGUGCGUGAAAAAGAAAACUCAGACCGGCUGGAGUGGAUCCAGGCGCAUGUGCAGUGUGAGGGGCUGUCAGAGCAACUUGUGUUCAACUCAGUUACAAACUGCCUGGGCCCUCGGAAGUUCCUACACAGUGGAAAACUCUACAAAGCCAAGAGCAACAAGGAGCUUUACGGCUUCCUGUUUAAUGACUUCCUGCUCCUCACGCAGAUCAUCAAACCUCUGGGCUCGUCUGGAAUGGACAAGGUCUUCAGUGCGAAAUCCCACCUGCAGUAUCGCAUGUACAAAACGCCCAUCUUUCUUAAUGAGGUGCUGGUGAAGCUUCCAACUGAUCCUUCAGGAGAUGAACCCAUAUUCCACAUAUCUCACAUAGACAGAGUCUACACUAUACGUGCUGAGAGCAUCAACGAACGGACAGCUUGGGUACAGAAGAUCAAAGCCGCUUCUGAGCUUUUCAUCGAAACAGAGAAGAAGAAGAGAGAGAAAGCCUACUUGGUAAGGUCUCAGAGGGCCACUGGUAUCGGGCGGCUAAUGGUGAACAUUGUUGAAGGCAUUGAGCUGAAGCCCUGUCGCUCAAAUGGUAAGAGUAACCCGUACUGUGAGGUGACGAUGGGCUCUCAGUGUCACGUCACUAAGACGCUACAGGACACUCUGAACCCCAAAUGGAACUCAAACUGCCAGUUCUUCAUCAAAGACCUGGAGCAGGACGUGCUGUGUGUCACUGUGUUCGAGAGGGAUCAGUUCUCCCCGGACGAUUUCUUGGGCAGGACGGAGAUUCGGCUGGCCGACAUCAAGAAGGACCAGGGCUCGAAGGGGCCCAUCACCAAGCGUCUGCUGUUACACGAAGUCCCAACAGGAGAGAUUGUGGUGCGACUGGACCUUCAGCUCUUUGACGAACCCUGACCCACGUUGUUUGACCUGACCAUUUGACCCCCAGAUUCAAUAUCCGCUACUCCUCCGUGUUGAAAGCCCACCAGCCUAGUGUGACAAUCCCACCCAGCACCAUGAAUCCCAGAGUGUGAAUGUGUGUAUUCGCACAAGCAUCUGUGAAUCUGCAAAAUGCUGUAACAGUCUUAAUCAGUGAUCCCCACUGGAUUCUUAUUGUCCUAGGUACCGCUUCAAGACAAGUCAAGUGUGUGAGUGAAAAUGAAGGAUGUAGAGAUGUAAAUUUCAGUUCUAUAAGGAUGUAAAGGAUGUCUCAGGAUGCUGUAAGUCUUAAAGGGUCAAACGUACAGUAGUUACUUAACGCUCUAAUGACCCGGGAACAGUAGUGCCAUUUGAUGCAAUAUUCAUACUAGAACACACAGAACCAUUACAAAUGCUGUGCCAUUACAGUGAAAGUCUCAUUAUGGGUGAAUCUCACGAAUCUCUUAUUAACAUAAUUACAAAAUCUCUCAUUCUCAUAACUGUAAUGCAAAGUGAUAUUAUUUAAAUUAAGUGUUUAUACAUCAUGGUAGUAUUUGUUGUACUGCCUGUACUGUACUGCUGGUUUACAUAAAAAUAUUGUAAUUCAUAAAAUUACCACCAUUUAAAAAAAAUGAACAGGAUUAAUUUUUAAUUCAAACUAUUUUGGGGUUUUUGGGGCAACCUGGACAUGUUUUUGUGAGAUUCACUCAAUAGUCUUACUGACUAUUUAACAUUUAUUCCAUAAUUUCACUCAUUAACACUAAAAACUAAAACCAGGUUUUGUUGGCAAACCUUUCUAGUGUCAACCGACUCAUUUAUUUUAUUUUAUUUAUUUUUUUAUCUGUUUUUACUGAAAGAUACUGGUGACAGUUCAACUACUGAAUGUACGCGAUACGUUUGUUUUUGAGGGUCUAUUAAACGUGAGCAUGUUCAGGAAAAUUUACAGCAAGUCUCGAGAAGAUAGCCACAAACGCUCCGUGGAAAGACUAUUUUGGAAAUUGUUAUAUAUGUUUUUCAGCAUCUUUUGUCAUGUAACUUUUAUUUAUUUUUAUGUUUUUGAGAAUGGGACACAUCUCAGAGGCCAACAGAAAUAUCAUAGCAGGUCUCAAAGGACAUUAGAAGAAUUUCCGAAUGUGUCAUAUAUCUCUGAAAUAUCCCUAAACGGCUAAUAUAUUCGGUGAAAAUAUGUGGUGGCUGCAUGAGUUUUGAUUUUAGCAAUAAUUCAGCCAGAUGUUCUUCAGUUCUCCCCUUAUGAUCUUAGUUUUAUUGUGGUACAUCACAAAGUAAACUAUUUAAUAUAUAAUACUGUAUUUAAGUUUGAAACUGCAUUACUAAUAACAUCAGUUUGUUUUUGACUGAUCUUUGUUUAUUUUAAUUUUUUUUAUUUUUGUGUUGUUAUUAGGCAUUAGUGAUCAACACUGUAGGUAUUGUCAUAUUUGUAAAAAUGAGAGAUGUCAUUUCUUAUUUUAUGUUCUUACUUCCUUUUUUGUUGUUUAUUUUGCAAAAAAUGGGAUAUAGUGGUAAAAGUUUGGAAGGUUGCAGCAUGUAGAAAUGAUGUUGAAACAAUCCUAAAUGAGCCAGAGAGCAAAAGGGAUCAAUCAUCACCCAUAUCUGCUGCAAAUGUCUUCGGUUCUCCAGAAAGAGCCCUCUUUAUAUAGAUGAUGAAAUGUGUUGAAUUUGUGAGGGUCUUAUUUGUUCGAUUACCACACUACUGAGCCUGAGAAAGGUGCUGUUUCUUUUUGGACUGUAAACAGGGAUCGGUUUUGUUUAAUUUGUGUGUGUAUGAGUGUGUUUUCCUGUCUAGAUGCAAUAGACACAUUAAUAUUCCACUGCUGUGCUAGUGAGAUGCCAGAGUGAUCAAGGAAAACAGCUAUUGUGGGGCCAGCAAGUUAUUCCACUCGGUUUUUCUAUGUGUGUGUGUGUGUGUGUGUGUAUAUACGAAAGAGUGACUCUUAGUGCUUUGAAUGCUUUCUGCUGGGUCACUUUCCCAAACCUCAUCUCAAAGUACAUUUUAGACAAUGCAAGGGGUCAUGGUCACACAUCUUUCCUCUUUUCCCUGUCUUAUUCUCCUGACGUUCCCUCAUCUCUUAUCACGCACUGUACAUUUCAGACCUGAAGAUUUGCCCCCAACUUCAUUAUUUUUUAAUAAGCAAAGUCCCAUUGAUUGAACAGUAAUAUAUGUGUCUAUGUUUAAAACUUUGAAUGGAGUAUAAUAUAUUACAAAUUGAGAAGUAAAUAUGUUGAUAACAGCGUAUUGUUAUCAAUUUAGAAGCAGUGUGUUGUCUUAAUGUUGCAAAUAAAACUCAAUUGGACCAAGGUAAAGUCGUCCAAAUUAUUAUUA